AUGGAGCUCAGUCCACUUCCUGUGAUGCUCUUGCUGAUUUCACUUAUACCAGUGGCCCAGGCCCAAGGGAGUCCUAAAGCUGUGGUGUCCAUAACGCCUGAUACACAUGUGUUCACUGGAGAGAUUGUUGCUCUCAGAUGUGACAUACAGGGAGGAGGAGAGACUCAGUGGACGUACAGCUGGAAGAAAAAUAAUUAUGAAGCCUAUUCAUUUGGAUGGGAUAGAUUCUACACAGACAGAACUAAGCAGAAGUUCAUAAUCCGGUUUGUUAAAGACUCUGACAGUGGUACCUAUAACUGCAGAGGACAUGGGAGAGACUAUCAGAGCUCUCAGAUCAGUGAUGCUGUUACACUGACUGUAUUAGAGAGAUCACAAGCAGUACUGAGUGUAUCUCCACAGAGCUGGCUGACUGAAGGAGACUCAGUGACUCUAAGCUGUGAGGUUACAGACUCCUCUACAGACUGGACAUUCAGCUGGUACACAGUUGUUCCCUACAGAGACGGCUUAACUGGAAUAAAUAAUAAUGGUGGCUAUAGCGUGUAUGUGGAGCUCCUCUCAGACAGCAGCAGAGGAUCUGGAGGCAACUACACUCUCAGUCCUGCUGCUCUUAAACACACAGGAGUUUAUAUGUGCAGAGGAGAGAGAGGAGAACCAGCCCUUCACUCACAGUACAGCAAUCCACAGCCACUAUGGAUCACUGAUGAAUCUUCUCCAGUCUCUCUGAUCAUCAAUCCCAGCAGAACUCAACACUUUACUAAUGACUCUCUCUCACUGAGCUGUGAGGACCAGAGUAACUCUACUGGAUGGACAGUGAGACGAUACACACACAGUGAGAGAGUGUUAGAUUGUUCACACUGGGGAUCAGUUACAGGAUCUACAUGUAACAUCGGCUUCCUCUCCACAUCCUACACUGGAGUUUACUGGUGUGAGUCUGAAUCUGGAGAAAACAGUAAUCCUGUCAACAUCACAGUGCAUGAUGGUGAUGUGAUCCUGGAGAGUCCUGUCCAUCCUGUGACUGAGGGACAUCCUCUGACUCUACGCUGUUUAUAUCACAACCCAAACCCCUCAAACCUCCGAGCUGAUUUCUAUAAAGAUGGAUCAGUUCUCCAGAACCAGACUACAGGAGAGAUGAUCAUCCAAACUGUCUCAAAGUCAGAUGAAGGUUUCUACCACUGUAAACACCCAGAGAGAGGAGAGUCACUGAAAAGCUGGCUCUUAUUCAGAUUGCUGAUUUCACUUAUACCAGUGGCCCAGGCUCAAGCAAAACCCAAACCGACUGUGAGAGUGAAUCCUCAGAGCUCCGUCUACACUGGAGACACCGUCACUCUGAGCUGUGAGCUGCAGCAGGGGACUGGAUGGGAGUUUCUCUGGUACAGAAAUAAUCAGCUGUUACAGAAUCUGAACAGUGAACAAGAGAGCACACUUAAAAUGACAGUCGAUAAUGCAGGAGAAACAGAGUACAAGUGUGGAGCACGCAGGAGAAACCACGGCUAUUACUACUACACAAGGCUCAGUAAUACUGUCAAGAUUACAAUGAGAGCAAAACCCAAACCGACUGUGAGAGUGAAUCUUCAGAGCUUUGUCUACACUGGAGACACCGUCACUCUGAGCUGUGAGCUGCAGCAGGGGACUGGAUGGGAGUUUCACUGGUACAAAAAUAAUCAGUUACAGAAUCUGAACAGUGAACAAGAGAAAACCCUUAACGUAACAGUCAAUAAUGCAGAAGAAACAGAGUAUAAAUGUAGAGCAUACAGGAGAAACUACUACACAGAGUUCAGUGAUCCUAUAAAGAUUACAGUAAGAGAGAGACCACAGGCAGUACUGAGGGUAUCUCCACAGAGCUGGCUCACUGAAGGAGACUCAGUGACUCUAAGCUGUGAGGUUACAGACUCCUCUACAGACUGGACAUUCAGCUGGUACACAGUUGCUCCCUACAGAGACGGCUUAACUGGAAUAAAUAAUAAUGGUGGCUAUAGCGUGUAUGUGGAGCUCCUCUCAGACAGCAGCAGAGGAUCUGGAGGCAAAUACACUCUCAGUCCUGCUGCUCUUAAUCACACAGGAGUUUAUAUGUGCAGAGGAGAGAGAGGAGAACCAGCCCUUCACUCACAGUACAGCAAUCCACAGCCACUAUGGAUCACUGGUGAAUCUCCUCCAGUUUCUCUGAUCAUCAAUCCCAGCAGAACUCAACACUUUACUAAUGACUCUCUCUCACUGAGCUGUGAGGACCAGAGUAACUCUACUGGAUGGACAGUGAGACGAUACACACACAGUGAGAGAGUGUUAGAUUGUUCACACUGGGGAUCAGUUACAGGAUCUACAUGUAACAUCAGCUUCCUCUCCACAUCCUACACUGGAGUUUACUGGUGUGAGUCUGAAUCUGGAGAAAACAGUAAUCCUGUCCACAUCACAGUGCAUGAUGGUGAUGUGAUCCUGGAGAGUCCUGUCCAUCCUGUGACUGAGGGACAUCCUCUGACUCUACACUGUUUAUAUCACAACCCAAAUCCCUCAAACCUCCGAGCUGAUUUCUAUAAAGAUGGAUCAGUUCUCCAGAACCAGACUACAGGAGAGAUGAUCAUCCAAACUGUCUCAAAGUCAGAUGAAGGUUUCUACCACUGUAAACACCCAGAGAGAGGAGAGUCACCCAAAAGCUGGAUCUCAGUCAGAUCAGAGGGCAGCAGUGCUCCAUUCUCAGUGCUCAUGCUGAUCUGUAGUGUGGUGACGGUCUCUCCGUAUCUGCUGGUGACCAUCAUUCUGCUGCUCAUAUGUUACAGAGCUCGAGGUAAGAACUCUUUCAGUACGUCUCUACACUUCACAUAACGAGCAUCAUGACUUUAAUUAUUGUGAGAAAAACAUCUUCACCUGAGGAAAAGUAGAAAGCUUUUGUCUCACUCUUCUUAUUUUAAAAGCAAAAAUCUACACUUCAAAUACAAUUCAAAUUACA